GAGCAAGGGGGCGGGAAAGGCAGGGUCAUGUGACUGGCAAGAUGGCGGCGCUGCUGGUGUUGGUCGCUGCGCUGCUCGUCGCCUCCUCCCGCUUCCCGGUUUCCGCAUGGAGAGCGGCCGCCAACGGUACCGCGCCGCCCCCGCUGGUCAUCUGGCACGGCAUGGGUGACAGUUGCUGUAACCCUUUGAGCAUGGGCUUCAUCAAGAAACUGGUGGAGCAGAAAAUCCCAGGAAUUUAUGUUUUAUCCUUGGAAAUUGGAAGCAGUAUUACUGAGGAUAUGAAGAACAGUUUCUUCAUGAACGUGAAUGACCAAGUAAAGUUGGUGUGUGAUGUCCUAUCCAAAGAUGAGAAACUGCAGAAAGGAUACAAUGCAAUGGGCUUCUCCCAGGGCGGGCAGUUCCUGAGAGCAGUAGCACAAAGGUGUCCUUCUCCUGCUAUGUUCAACCUCAUCACAUUUGGAGGCCAACAUCAAGGCGUGUAUGGCUUGCCUCACUGUCCUGGAGAGAGCUCCCACAUCUGUGACUGGAUCAGGAACAUGCUGAACACAGGUGCUUACAGGAGUGCAGUUCAAGACCACUUGGUGCAGGCAGAGUACUGGCAUGAUCCCUUGAAUGAAGACCUUUACAGGAACAAAAGCAUUUUCCUGGCAGACAUUAACCAGGAGAGGGCCAUCAAUCAAAGCUACAAAGACAAUCUGAUGAAACUGAAAAAGUUUAUCAUGGUGAAAUUUCUGCAGGACUCCAUGGUGGACCCAGUUGAUUCAGAGUGGUUUGGAUUCUACAAAGUUGGCCAGGCCAAGGAGACUUAUACUUUGAAGGAGAGCGUUCUGUACAAAGAGGAUCGGUUGGGGUUGAAAACGAUGGACAAAGCUGGCAAACUGCAAUUUCUAACGGUGGAUGGGGACCAUCUGCAGUUCUCUGAGGAAUGGUUCAUCACCAAUAUAAUCCCUUAUCUAAAGUGAGGCCUCUGAGAUCUGCUGAGCCACUGCUCUAUUCAGCCUAGCAUCAACUCCUCUGCAAAAUGCUGCUGCUCCUAUAUAUGUGAAAAUAAGUCAGGUAAAAAAUCCUUACAGGCAGGUUUGUAAACCCUGUGUGAAGUCGCUGUAUCUUUCAUCGGUUACUCAAACAUGUAUCCACUUCAUUGGUAGAGUUAAAUCUAUAAAGAUACGAGUUAGAAACCCACUUUGCACUCACUUUGCCACUAAAGAAAAGAAGAAUCGAGGCAGAUAACAUUGUAAUCUGUAAAGUUCCUGUGGAAGAGGUAAAACCGCUGAAACAUGAAGCAAUCAUUUUCUAAAUCCCAGAUGUUCAGUCAGUGGUUUUCACACCACUUGUGCACCUUCAGAAUAGCAUUAGCUAGUUCUGGUUUGAAAAGUGGAGUUUUUUGGUAUUUUGUAAAGCACCUUUCACGUCGGGAGGACGUCCCAAGGCGCUGAAACAUAUAAACAGUAGAUUGGUGAAAAUUAAGCUCAGAAUAUAGUGCUGAAUUGAGACAAGUCAGUUUUACCCAGUGCCAAAGGAAAUCUGCUGUUACUUCAAAUAGUGAUUGCAUCCUGCCUGCACAGUUAUGAUGCUUUACCUUUCAUCAGUCAAGGUUCCCUACUCCAUAAAUUACUUUUAAUGCAAUUAAUUUGAUACCACAGUAUUGCACAAAAGUGGGUAGUGAGGAGUUUCACAGCACUCACCCCUAUGCACUGGAUCGCUACCUAAUUUUUAAACUGUACUUUUUCAACCCAUAAUUUAACCAUUGCAUCGUCUGGUAGUAUAAUUUUAAGCCUUAUUUUGUUUACCCAUUCACCAAAUGAGAAAUGUUGCACUAACAAAUCCUUGGUUAACACUGAAUGCGAGUCAGUCAUAUCUUGCUGAAUCUACUGAGUUUUUUCAGAGCCAAGGAUAUUUCCCAAUAUCAUUAACUGAGUAGUGGACCUUCCUCCAGAGAACCUGGAGCACAUUUUGCAACAUCCACUCCCUCUUCCAGUCAGGACUCAGUUCAGAUCAAUUCCUACAGGAAAAGUGACUGGGAAUUCAAAUGACUGAAAUUUGACAGUAAACAAACAUCACGUGUAUUUAAACCUUAAAAUAAAAGUUUAUUUCUGUAAAUCUGCUAUACCUGCAUAGCCAUGUCAAAUGUGUGUCAUCACUGGGUACGUUAGAGCAGAUAAUAAUGGGUUUUUGUUGAGUUUUUAUUUAGUUACUCAAAGAAGUCUCAAUCCGUCCUACCUAACAGCUGUUCCCACUUUAAAUUCAUGCUAAUGUUAGUAAAUGUUAAGGACAAAACUCCCAAGAAAUUUACAAUUUUACAGAAAGCUUGACAAAUAGCAAUUGAAUUUGUAACUAUGCGCUUUUGUUUUAUUAAAAAAUUAAAUUUA